CAGCACAGAAUGAUAGUGGGUGAAUUAGGCUUUGUGAUACGCGGACUUAUCUGUCCCUUUCUUUUAGUAGAUUCGUCGAUUCGCAGUUAAUAUUAGAAAGUUCAUAUUUUGACAAAAAAAAAAUGAAGAAAUUUGCACUUUCAGACCCAGAUCUCCCUCCCUAUUCUUUUCCUAUUUCUACAAAUAUCUCUGUGCAUAUUGACUAACAAAACAAUUCUUCGAGUUUUGGGUUUGUGUUCUUGAAAAGAUGGCCGCAGGAACAUCCAGGAAAAUUUCAGCUGCUUCAGCCAGGUCCCACACUAGAAAAUCUAAGCAAAAGACUUCGCUUCCACUUCCUUCAGGAUUAUUUGGGAAAAUAUUGCUGGUCUCCUUCAUAGGAUUUUUGGCAUGGGCUUAUCAGGCAACUCGCCCCCCUGCGCCCAAGCUGUGUGGCUCACCAGAUGGGCCUCCAAUCACAGCUCCAAGAAUAAAACUUAGCGAUGGAAGAUACCUUGCUUACAAGGAACACGGUGUGCCCAAAGAUAAAGCAGCGUAUAAGAUAGUCUAUGUUCAUGGAUUCGAUUCUUGCAGGCAUGAUGCUGUUAUUGCCAAUAAUCUAUCUCCCGAUGUUAUUGAGAGUUUGCGAGUCUAUAUUGUUUCCUUUGAUAGACCUGGGUAUGGAGAAAGUGAUCCCAAUCCAAAACGCACUGAAAAGGGCAUAGCUUUAGAUAUUGAGGAGCUCGCGGAUGCAUUGGGAUUAGGUUCAAAAUUCUAUGUUGUGGGAUUUUCCCUGGGCGGGCAGGUGGUUUGGACCUGUCUCAAGUACAUCCCUCAUAGAUUGGCUGGAGCAUCUCUUAUAGCUCCCGUCAUCAAUCACUGGUGGCCAAGCAUUCCUGCAAACUUAUCCAAACAAGGCUUCUCUAAGCACCUUCCCCGGGAUCAGUGGGCUCUACGUGUUGCUCACUAUGCUCCAUGGCUUGUACACUGGUGGGAGACCCAAAAGUUCUUUCCGGCUUUAAGUGUUUCAGCUCACAGCCGGGAUAUUCUUUCUCCACAUGACUUAGAAUUACUGCCUAAAAUUCAUCCCCGAAGAGUGGACUACAUGGCACAGGUGAGACAACAAGGGGAAUUUGAGUCCCUCCACCGCGACUUGAUAGUUGGGUUUGGGACCUGGGAGUUUGGCCCGACCGAUCUAAAGAACCCAUUCCCUAACGGAGAAGGUUCUGUUCACGUGUGGCAUGGAGAAGAGGACCGUCUUGUACCCGUUGCUGUGCAAAGAUACAUCACUCUGCAGCUUCCAUGGAUUCACUACCAUGAGCUUCAGGGUGCCGGUCACAUGUUCCCUGAUGCCGAUGGAAUGGCUGACAGAAUCAUUAAGUCUCUUUUAAUUGGAGAGAGCAAUCUCUAGAUGUUCAUUGCUGUACUUCAGGGUGUGCAAACUUUGGUUAAUCGACCGAAUCGAAGAAUUUCAGUUAAGUGUUGCAUUUCUUGAAGAUGUAAUGUUUUUCUUAAUGUAACAAAAGAUUUUGUUGUAUAACUAGGUUUGUUCCCAGUGGGUUCCGUUCCUUAGUUGUUGCAUAAAUAUGUUAUAAGUCCCUUCUCAAAGCAAGUGUAAUAGCACAACUUUAAUAU